AGAAAAAAAAUACUGUCAAAUAAUGUCAACUUUCGCGCGCUAAUGCGGAAUAUUGACAGAACUUACUUUGUAACUUUGUUAUUUUUACUUAGUAAAAGUCAAUAAAACACAUAAAAUUAUUUAUAUUUUUAAAUUGUUAUUGUAUUUUUAAAAACUAUGUCAACUCCUUCUAAACGACCAUCUUCACGGGCAUCGUCAGAAGCCCCCACACCUUCACGUAGAACGCGUUCGUCACAACAAAUCGUUGUGCCGGAAACUCCUCAACGGUCAACAGGGACACCUUCUAAAGAUGGAACUCCAGGUACACCUAGAGGGACAUCUCGUACACCUAGAAGUACACCCCGCACCCCUGGUGUUCAGAUUCCUAGCACAUCACCAGCUCGUGCCCUAGCAUCAAGUCCGAUUGGCACUGAUAUUGAUAUGAGUUCACCACUAAAUUAUGGCACACCAAGUUCCUUGAGCACUCCUCGAUCACUCAUGAGAGGUGUCAUGACUCCAGCUCGGCAAAGAGCUGACCUAAGGGGUCCUAGUAUCAGUCGAAAUGUUCCAGCACCAACACCAACCAGACAGGAAGGGGUAACAGAUGCAGCAUCAGGGGAGCCUCAACUUGUUGUAUGGGGCACUGAUGUAGCAAUUACUGAGUGUCGUGAAAAAUUCAUCAAGUUCAUCCAGAGAUUUGUGGAGCCCACUGCAGUUACAAAUGAGCCUUUAUAUGAACAGAAAUUAGAAGAGAUUCACACACUGGAAGAGCCCUUCCUAGAUGUUGAUUGUGAACAUGUGAAAAUCUUUGAUACCAAGCUCCAUCGUCAACUUGUGUCUUACCCACAAGAGGUGGUACCAGCAUUUGAUGCAGCUGUAAAUGAACUGUUCUUUGAAAAAUACCCUGCGGCAGUAUUGGAGCAUCAGAUACAAGUUCGACCUUACAACGCACCGCAGCGUCAUAUGAGAGAUCUCAACCCAGAAGAUAUUGACCAACUAGUAACAAUUUCCGGAAUGGUGAUCCGUACGUCGAGCAUAGUCCCGGAGAUGCGCGAGGCGUACUUCAAGUGUGCGGUGUGUGGCGCGGGCGCAGUCGCGGAGCUGCAACGCGGUCGUGUGCCAGAGCCUGCUCACUGCUCACACUGCAACACUGCACAUUGCUUCCAACUUAUACACAAUCGGUCACAUUUCAGUGACAAACAACUGGUUAAGCUGCAAGAGUCACCUGACGACAUGCCGGCGGGGCGCACGCCGGCCACGGUGAGCGUGCUGAGCCACGGCGCGCUGGUGGAGGCGGCGGGCGCGGGCGAGCGCGUGUGCGUGACGGGCGUGUUCCGCGCCGCGCCCGCCGCGCUGCACCCGCGCCGCGCCACGCUGCGCGCGCUGCACCGCACGCAUCUCGACGCGCUGCACUACCGCCGCGCCGCGCCCCACCGCCUGCACCACUACGACGACGGUAAGGAGCAUCGCUUCCCCCAAGAACGCAUAGAACUCUUCAAAGCUCUAGCGGCGCAGCCGGAUUGUUAUGAGCGACUCGCACGCGCUAUUGCCCCUUCUAUUUACGAGAACCUCGAUAUCAAGAAAGGUGUAUUGCUGCAACUGCUUGGCGGGACCAAGAAGAACUUCAAUGCGGCAGGCAGAACACAUUUCAGGUCAGAGAUCAAUAUAUUGCUGUGCGGUGAUCCAGGCACGAGUAAGUCCCAGCUAUUGCGCUGGGUGCAUUCAUUGGUUCCCCGCGCCCAAUACACCUCCGGCCGCGGCUCCUCCGCGGUCGGUCUCACCGCUUACGUCACCAAGGAUCCCGAUACACGGCAGCUCGUGUUGCAAACAGGUGCCUUGGUACUGGCUGAUAAUGGAAUAUGCUGCAUCGAUGAAUUUGACAAGAUGAAUGACUCGACUCGCAGUGUUUUGCACGAAGUGAUGGAGCAACAAACAUUAUCCAUUGCUAAAGCCGGCAUCAUCUGUCAAUUGAACGCGCGCACCUCUAUACUAGCUGCUGCCAACCCCGCUGAAUCUCAAUGGAACAAAAAUAAAACUAUAGUCGAGAAUGUCCAGUUACCACAUACACUUAUGUCCAGAUUUGACCUCAUAUUCUUGAUACUGGAUCCCCAAGACGAGGUGUUCGACAGACGUUUGGCGUCGCAUCUUGUGUCACUAUACUUCCAAGAUCCGGCUGAUUCACAGGACGACCAAGACGUUGUGGACAUGGCACUGAUGCGAGAUUACAUUGCGUUUGCAAAAGAGCACGUACAACCGACGCUCAGUGAAGCAGCGCAGCAAAGGUUGAUAGACGCGUAUGUCGACAUGAGACGCGUAGGCAGUGGCCGUGGACAGAUAUCUGCAUACCCUCGUCAGCUGGAGUCCCUCAUCCGACUGGCGGAAGCUCACGCCAGAGUGCGACUUUCCCCUGUAGUGGAACUAUCAGAUGUAGAUGAAGCAGCCAGAUUGCAUCGAGAAGCUUUGAAGCAGUCAGCCACGGACCCAGCGUCUGGUCGUAUCGAUGUCGGCAUCCUCACCACGGGGUUAGGAGCGGCCGCGCGGCGGCGUCGUGCUGACUUGGUAGCCGCACUCAAAGAACACAUUCAGCCAUAUUCCAAGCCACACACGAUCACGCAUUCCAAAUUACUACAAGAAAUUAACUCCACUGCGCAAGUUACGGUGUCGCGUGAGCAACUGGACGAGGCACUAAGAGAUCUACAGGAUGAGGGGAAGGUCGUGAUCGUCAGCCACACACACCUUAGACUUUGUUAACAAUUUCCAUAAUUAUUUUACUGAGAUAGGUACUCGUAGAAUAAGCGAACGUGAAGUGAGAUAUUCAUAAUUGUAUUUCUAAGUUUUUAAUAAAAAAUAAGAAUGAAAAUGCAUAUUUUAU